AUAAAUUUUGUUAAUUUAAAAAUGGAAAAAAUAACAGUUGGUAUACUAACAAUAAGUGACAGGUGUUCGAGGAAGGAAUCAAUCGAUGAAAGUGGUGCCAAUUUGGUACGGUUAAUUAAUAGUGGAAUAGUUAAAAACGGUGUUGUCGUCGAAAGAGAUUUAGUACCAGACGAAAAGGAAGAAAUUAAAAAAAAAUUAUUACAUUGGUGCGACAAUUUAAAUUUGAAUUUGAUACUCACAGUUGGGGGAACUGGUAUAGCACCUCGAGACGUCACGCCUGAAGUCACUGCUCCCCUCCUAGAUAAAAAAAUACCCGGAAUAUCAAAUUUAAUAUUUAAAAAAAGUUCAGAAAUCACUCCGUUGGCUGCUCUAUCCCGAGGUAUUUCAGGUAUCAGAGGUAAAAGUUUAAUUGUUAAUUUACCCGGGAGUAAAAAAGCAUCGGAAGAAUGUUUGACAUCGAUUUGCAGCGUGAUAUCCCAUGCCGUCGACUUGAUAUGCGAUAUUAAAGAAAAUGUCGAUACCCUUCACAAAUCAAUGAAUAAAAAACAAUCCAAAGUCGAGGUGAUAACCGAAGAUAUGAGAGUAAGGAGGUCACCCUAUGCAUGUUUAAAAGUUUACGAAGCACAAAAAAUUAUAUUCGAUGUGGUAAACAAACUUAAAAGAGAGAAAAUCGUCAAUUUGGAAAAUUCAUUGGAUUAUGUGAUUGCGAAAAACGUAUUAGCCGUCGAUCAUCUUCCUCCAUUCGAUGCCAGCAUUAAAGAUGGUUAUGCCAUCAUAUCAAAUGAUAAAACCACACCGAAAACUCUUUUAGGCUCUUGCGCAGCCGGAAACAUGCCCGAUGAAAAAAUUAUACCUGGGUGUUGCGUAAGCGUCAAUACCGGAGCUCCCAUACCUGAAAAUUGCGAUGCCGUCGGAUUCGAUUUUAAAAAAAAUGAUUUACUAAUGCCGGCUGGUACUUAUUUAGGAUCGUCUGCUAUUGGAUUAUUAGCCGCAGCCGGCAUCAUGUCUGUAACAGUUUAUGACAAACCAACUUUAGCCGUUAUGUCAACCGGUGAUGAAAUCGUUAAUCCGAACGAGGCUUUAAAACCUGGGAAAGUCAGAGAUAGCAAUCGAUUAACUUUGAUAAGCAUGCUAAAGGAGGAAGGAUUCAAGGCGGAAGACAUGGGUAUAGUCAAAGAUGAGCCCGACUCAUUAUUUUCCUCACUGACGAAAGCUUUUGAAAUUUCCGACGUGGUUGUAACGACCGGAAGUAUGUCGAUGGGAGACAGAGACUAUUUGAAAGAAGUUUUAAAAGUAGAUUUCGAUGCGGAAAUAUUUUUCGGAGCGGUCUUCAUGAAACCUGGAAAACCGACGGCGUUUGCUCUUUUAAAUUUUCAAAAUAAACCAAAAUUAUGGUUCGGUUUACCCGGAAAUCCAGCUUCGGCCGUCGUCACAACUCAUCUUUUCCUAUUGCCCGCGUUGAAAAACAUGUCGGGUAACAAAAGAGUUUUACCUCCUAGAGUAGACGCAUAUUUAACAUUCGACAUAGAAUUGAUCGAGAGACCUCACUAUCACAGGGGUAUUUUGUCGUACGAAAAUGGAAAAUUUGAAAUUUCGACAACCGGAAAUCAGAGUAGUAGCCGAGUCGGAAGUUGUUUGGAUGCUAAUUGCCUAAUAGAAAUACCACACGGUAAGGGCGUGGUUUCCAGCGGAACCAAAGUAUCAACAUUAAUCAUUGGUAAACAUUUUUAA